AUGCGAAGUCCUAUGGGAUUUCCGUUUUUCGACAAAAUUUAUACAUUUUUUCAAUUUCAACAAUUUAUUAAAGAGACCGUUAUUCCUAAACUAAAAGUAGUGCAAGGAACUUUAUGGAAAGAUAGUGAAAGUAAUACAAUGGCACGACGAAAUCAAAGUGAAAGAUCAUCCGAAGAUGCCGCAUUCUUCCCGGCCACAGGGUACACAGCAUAUUGCUUUUUAGUUGAAAAGGCCAAGUUGAAGAAGGGAGACAAGGUGUUCAUCAAUGGUGGAUCAGGGGUCGUUGGUGUAAUGGCAAUUCAACUAGCGCGUACAAUUGUCGGGUCCACGGGUCUGGUGGUCGCAACAUGCACUCCAACAAAGAGCGAUAUUAUUCGAAAUCUGGGCGCAGACGAGGUAUUUCUUUUGAAUUUUGUUUCUAAAAAUAAACACAUUUAUCCCUUUCUAAGAUCAUAGGUUACACAUCACACGUCCUGCCGGAUUUUCUUCUGAAGCACUAUAGUUCACGUCCGUUUAAUAUGAUCCUGGAUACUGGAAUUGACCCAUUUUUAUCUCUCUUUUGGGCUCCACGGUAUGGUUGGCCACCAAGAGGCUCUUACAAUUGUUGAGCGCGAUGGCUAUGCCUGUAUACCUUGGAGGCGUACCUCGCAGACACAUAUUCGAGCCCCUCAAAAUGGUCCACUCGCGAAUGGUUGCUAUGGCGCAGUUAGUUGAAGAAGAAGCCUCCAAAGCUGUGAUUGGCUCUACGAACAAAUUUACGGAUGUGCUCGAUGCCUUACUAGCUACUGAAUAGCUAGCUCCUGGCUGAUUUUGCAAAACUUGAAUCAAAAAAGGCGACUAUAACUUACAGGUCAAUUUUUGACUAAAAAAUGGGAUAUACAAUUAAAGGUACAUAAGAUGUCUCCCAGCUCUUCACCAUGUUUUCUG